UUGGCAGUCGACGUGGAGUUCUAUAACUACUACUGGACCAGCCGUGGUGAGUUCACCCCCAACACCACAACACCGAACCGCACCUCCCACCGCACGUUCGUCAGGAAUGUGAAGUUCUUGAACUGUUAUCCCUUCAACGAUAUCGAGACGAUCUCUCCUCGACCGGUACUCUUUGUGGCGGGCGAUCGCGCGCAUUCAAAGGAGUUCAGUGAGGACGCCUAUACUCGUGCGGCUGAACCGAAAGAACUAUGCUGGAUCAAGAACGCAGGCCACGUCGACCUCUAUGACCGUGUCGGUCUUAUUCCUUGGGCUAAGCUGACCUCUUUCUUCAAGAACCGUCUCGCCAAGAACGCAACAACCUCGAGCACCUAG